AGUCACCGCAGUUCCCUCUAAUCUGGUGGCCCCGCGGCCCUGCGGGGAGUCCGGGGGUCUGCGGGCCGCUCGGACUUGGCGCGGGGCCCGCCCCGCCUCUCCCUCCCUCGGUUAGGCCCAGACGGUCGUGGCAGCGCGGACAUGGAGCCCUCUCCCGCCACGGGGGGCUCGGAGACCACUCGCCUGGUGAGCCCCCGGGACCGCAGCGGCGAUGGCAGCGGCCUGCGUUUAAAGAGUCUCUUCACAGAACCCUCAGAGACCCCCCCAGAACAGCCCAAACCUGUGGAGACGUCCUUCCACCAUUGCCACAGGAACCCCAUGUCACAGCAGGGGCUCACCCCUGAGAGACUGCAGGCACGGAGGCAACUGUGUGCCGCCUGUGCUGUGUGCUGUGUCUUUAUGGCUGGAGAGGUGGUCGGUGGGUAUUUGGCACACAGUCUGGCCAUUAUGACCGAUGCGGCCCACCUGCUGGCGGAUGUGGGCAGCAUGAUGGCCAGCCUCUUUUCCCUUUGGCUCUCUACCCGUCCAGCCACUCGCACAAUGACCUUUGGCUGGCAUCGCUCAGAGACUCUGGGGGCCUUGGCCUCUGUGGUCUCCCUGUGGAUGGUCACUGGCAUUCUCCUGUAUCUGGCCUUCAUCCGCCUGCUGCACAGCGACUACCACAUCGAAGGGGGUGCCAUGCUAUUGACCGCCAGCAUCGCAGUCUGUGCCAAUCUGCUAAUGGCCUUUGUGCUGCACCAGGCUGGGCCACCGCAUAGCCAUGGGUCUAGGGGGGCAGAAUAUGCACCACUGGAGGAAGGGCCCGGGGAACCUCUGCCCCUGGGGAACACCAGCGUCCGAGCAGCCUUUGUGCAUGUGCUGGGGGACCUCCUGCAGAGCUUUGGGGUACUGGCCGCCUCCAUCCUCAUCUACUUCAAGCCUCAAUACAAGGCAGCUGACCCUAUCAGCACAUUUCUCUUCUCCAUCUGUGCCCUUGGAUCCACAGCUCCAACCCUCCGAGAUGUUCUUCGAGUCCUCAUGGAAGGUACCCCGUGCAAUGUGGGAUUUGAGCCCGUGCGGGACACACUGCUGUCGGUGCCAGGAGUCCGGGCCACCCAUGAGUUGCAUCUGUGGGCCCUCACGCUCACUUACCAUGUUGCCUCCGCACACCUGGCCAUUGAUGCAGCCGCUGACCCUGAAGCUGUCCUGGCUGAAGCCUCAUCCCGGCUUUACUCUCAGUUUGGGUUCUCCAGCUGUACCCUGCAAGUUGAGCAGUACCGGCCCGAGAUGGCCCACUGUCUGCGCUGCCAGGAGCCCCCACAAGCCUGA